CUCUCCACCAUGGACUCUCUGGCUAAAGCAAAUGGCACCUUUGCCAUCAAUCUUUUAAAGAAACUAUGUGAAGAGAGCCCUUCACACAAUGUGUUUUUUUCUCCCCUAAGUGUCUCUUCUUCCCUUGCAAUGCUCUUCCUGGGGGCAAAAGGAGACACAGCUGCCCAAAUGGCCCAGGUGCUUUCUUUAAAUAGAGGUGAAGACAUUCACUGGGGUUUCCAAUCACUUGUCACUAAGAUUAGCAAGCCAGGAACAGAGUAUUUGCUGAGAACGGCCAAUAGGCUCUUUGGAGAGAAGAUUUAUGAUUUUCUGUCAGAAUUUAAAGAAUCUUGCCAGCAAUUUUACCAGGCAGAACCAGAGAGACUCUCCUUUGCAGAGGCUAUUGAGGCCCCCAGGCAGCGUAUAAAUGCCUUGGUUGCAGAAAAGACUGAAGACAAAGUCUUGGAGGUAUUGCCUGACAAAUCAGUUGACUCAUUGACAAAACUGGUGCUCAUCAAUGCUAUAUACUUUAAAGGGAAGUGUUCUAAGCAGUUUAACGAAAAAUAUACUGGAGAAAAGCCUUUUAGAAUUAGCAAGAAUGAAAACAGACAAGUGCAGAUGAUGUACCAGCAUGCACAGUUCCUCAUGUCCUGCAUCAAGGAGAUGGACACACAGGUCCUCGAGCUGCCUUAUGUAGGAGGGGAGCUGAGCAUGAUCAACCUGCUUCCUGAUGAUGAUGUGGAUCUAAGCAUGGUAGAAAAUGCACUCUCGUAUGACGACUUCACUUCCUGGACAAAGCUAAGUGUUAUGGACAGAGAAGAUGUAGAGAUCUUCCUGCCCAGGUUUAAGUUGGAAGAAAACUAUAAUCUGGAGUCUGUUCUUGGAAGUUUGGGAAUUACCAAUGCCUCUGACAAAGCCGAAGCUGACUUUUCUGGAAUGUCAUCCAAGAGAAACCUGUCCCUGUCCAAUUUUGAGCGCAGGUUCUUUGUGGAAGUCAACGAGAAAGGAACAAAAGCAGCAGCUGUGACUGCUGUGGUUGCAGUGGCGAAAUGUGCAAGCACGACACUAAGGUUUAAUGCAGACCACCCCUUCCUCUUCAUCCAGCACAACAGGACAAAGAGCAUUAUGUUCUGUGGAAGAUUUUCCUCUCCAUAA